AUGGAGAUCUUUAUCAAGGCAGAGAACUACCAAGUCUGGAGGGUCAUCGAGGUUGGUGAUUUUGAAGUCACCAAAACAAAUGCUCAGAACGAGGUAAUCCCUAAGCCUAUGUCUGAAUAUGAAAAAGAGGACUUUGAUAAAAUGGAAAUAAAUGCUAUGGCUGUGAAAUUACUCCACAGUGGACUUGGACCUCACGAACACAAUUGUGUUAUGGGGUGCAAGAACGCUAAGGAAAUCUGGGAUUUGCUGCAGAUUACUCAUGAAGGAACUAAUGAGGUUAAACGCUCAAAAAUCGAUCUACUUAUGUCUAAGUAUGAAAGAUUUAAAAUGCAUCCUAAGGAAACCAUUCAAGAGAUGCUAACCCGUUUUACUAACAACAUAAAUGAGUUAGUUUCCCUUGGUAGACAGAUUCCUAUAGAUGAGCAGGUUAGGAAAGUUCUUAGAAGUCUUCCACAAGAUGAGAGGUGGAGAGCUAAGGUGACAGCCCUACAGGAAACAAAGGACUUUACCAAGUUCAAUAUUGAACAACUAGCAGGUUCUCUCAUGACUCAUGAGCUACACCUUGGAGUCAACACUGAACCCAUGAGGAACAAGGGAUUGGCUCGUAAGGCUGAUGAGGAGGAAGACUCAGAAGUGGACGAGGAUGAGGCUUCCCUAAUUGUGCGAAGAUUUAAAAAGAUGUUCAAGAAAGGCCGAACCUUAAGGAACUUCGCGAUCGGGAGAAAGACCUCAAAUACAAAGCCUGACUACAGCUGCCACAAGUGUGGAUCCCCAGAUCACUUUAUCAGAGACUGCCCCCUAUGGGAAAAUGAUAAAGGGAAAGGAAAGGCUAAGGAACAGGGAAGAGAAAAAUUCAGCAAAGCAAACUAUCAAAAGUCAAACAUGAGGAAGGCCAUGAUAGCAGCCUGGGGAGACUCAGAGAGUGAAGAAGAAGAUGAUGACCAACCAGAAGAGGAGACGGCCAAUCUUUAUCUUAAGGUUUGCAAAGAACAUGGUGCUUGGUUGGAAACAGUCUAUGCCAAGUCUCAAAGCAAACUAAGAGAGCUUGAUUUUAAAUACAAACACAUAACUGAGAUAGCUGAUAGAAUUAAGAAUGAAAGUAUUCUUCUGAACGUUGAAUUAACUCAGUAUAAGCUCAUAAAUUCUGAUAUCAGUUCUAGCAAUUCCUCAAGCGAUCAGUUGCUUAAAUUCAAUGUUGAUUUUGAAAAUUUGAAAAAUGAGCUUUCUACUUUAAAAACCCAAAAGGAUCAACUUGAAUCGGAACAGAAUUCUAGAAAGGAUAGAAGUAUUGACCCAAAAGUCAUACUUAAGUGGAUAAUCGAAGCUCAAGGAAAAAGAACUGAAGACCUUGGUUAUAUGACCAAGAAGAAAGGUAAGCAAAAGAAAUAUGUUGAGCUUCCUAGCAUGAAGGUCCUAGUGAGGGGUAACAACUCGUGGUAUCUCGACAACGGUUGUUCAAAGCAUAUGACAGGUGAUAAAUCAAAAUUCCUGUCACUAGAAGACUGCCCUGGAGGAACAUUAACCUUUGGGGAUAAUAAGAAGGGCGAGAUCAUUGGAAAAGGCAAAAUUGGAAGAUCUAAAUCUCAUUCCAUUGAUAAUGUGUUCCUGGUCGAGGGCUUAAUGCACAAUUUGCUCAGUAUAUCUCAAUUCAGUGAUAAAGGAAACUCUGUAAGUUUUACUUCGGAUUCUUGCAACAUCAUCAACAACAAGUCAGGAAAGCUGAGGGCAAGGAACUUGGUUGUAGGACUUCCUAUUAUCAAGUUCCUACAGAACAAAGUUUGUGAUGCAUGUGUGAAAGGCAAGCAUGUUCGCUCAUCUUUUAAAUUGAAGAAAAUGUUUGUUGCUUUUGCCAAGAAAAUACAGAAAAUCAGUGGUCACUCCAUAGUCCAUCUCAAAUCAGAUCACGGAACUGAAUUUGAGAACUCAAGAUUCGAUGAGUUUUGCAGGGAAAAUGGCAUGAACCAUAACUUCUCGGCUCCAAAGAAUCCUCAACGGAAUGGAGUUGUAGAAAGGAAAAAUCGAACCCUUGAGGAAAUGGCUAGAACAAUGCUGAUUGCAAGUGGAUUGCCAAGGAACUUCUAG